AUGAUUGCCGAAAGGGACCACAAGGAGAGCCUGAUCAGGCGCGUGAAGGAGUUCGACAUCUUGACUGAAAUGCAGGUGGCGACCCUUGCGGGGUCCCUGGAACGGCGAUACUUCGACAACGGAUGCCUCAUCUUUGCACAGGGCCAGGAGAGCACCCACUUCUACCUCCUGGAGGAGGGCGAGUGUGUUGAGAACAUCCGUUUGGAGGAUGGCAAGGAGGUCGAGGUGCGGCGCCGCUCCAAAGGCGACGUCUUCGGCGAAAAGGCCUUGCGGGAGCCAGGGCCGCGCCAGACCUCCGUGAUCGCGGUGGGCACCGUCAAGGUGCUGACGCUUAGCCGCGAGGACUUCGAGAAGAAGUUGGGCACCUGGGCGGAGCUGAAGGCGGCUGCUGAGUACGCGGAUCCCCGGCGGCUCAUGGCGGACUUCUACCGCACCGGGGAUGCGCGCGGCCCGCGCGGCAGCCUCGGCGGAUCCCAACCGAAUCCGAAGCAUCCCACCAGGUGGUUUGCAGUGUACCGCCCCUGCAGCUCGGACUCAAUCCGGAAGAUGCACGGCAAGGUGGGAGUUGGGAAGGGCCUGAACGUCAAGGGCAAGUCGGCGAAGAAGAACCGGCUGUCGGGCUUCGUCCCCUUCGUCCAAAUCAGUGACAACGAGCACAAACGCGAGCUCGAGGACUCGCCGAAAGACGCCCGCACCAAGAUCUUCUUCAGGAACAAGCUCGCCCGGGAGCAGGCUGAGAAGUCCCUUCACAAGGUGCUGAAAGAGGCCUCCCUGAAGAUCGAGGAUUCUCGGGUGAAGAUCAUCUCCUCCUACGAGCCUGCGAGCUGGGGUUUGGAUGUGCCUGAGCCUUUGAUGAAGGAGGCCUACAUCAUGCGCCCUGAGCUUUCCCCCAUGGUGGGUUGGGAAACCGGUCGGCAAUCCGAGCCUGCUUUCAUGGACAUGAACCUCCAUUCUUCGCGGGGCACCUCGGCACCCGAAGUGGUUCUGUACCAAUACGACCUGGCAGAUCCCAUGAACCCUUUGGGCCUGCUGGUGGCUUAUGCAGAAGCACAAGUGCUGCCGGUGGUCAGCGAUUUCGACACAUUUCUGGUGGGCAGCGAGGGCAUGGAGUAUGAGCCCUUACCCCCGGAGCAGAAGGACUUGAUGCAGUGGUGUUUGGACCACACGGCGGACAUCAUCGGCAUGCACCAGCACAAGGCAUGGACAUCCCGGUGGCUGGAGGUGCUGAAGGAGGAGGCGUCCAAGAAAGGCAAGAGCCCGGACAUCCCCAAGCUGGGCUUCGGAGACCCCACCUCGGUGCGGCUCAUCGGGGAUGUAGUGCAGGUGACGGCGUCCUGUGGCGCCGUACGCCACGGAGCCGAAUGCUUCAACUUCUACUUCCCUCAGGAGCUGGACGACGAGUUCCUCGUGGUGUGGGAUGGGUAUUCCGACCCGCCCUGGCGCAAGGUCUCGGAGCCGGAGCUCCGGGACUUCUUGCAGGACCGCGCCCGGGAGGGCUACUGCUUCCCGCUGAACCCCGUGUGGCCGAUUCGCGACAAGGGCUGGUACGAGGUGCUGCAGACGCUGCGGGGCAGCCCCAAGGACAUCAAUCAAAGGGCGCUGGGAGGAUGGUUCACUGACGAGGCCUUCCGCAAGAUCGACGAAAUCCACGCGGACUUCCCAGACGGCUUCGCGCAACCCAACAGGCUCAAGCGCAUCAAUUCGACCAUCGCCAACUUCCAGGACUUGGCUGGCGAUGAGAUGGUAGACUUUGCGCAGGCGGAGGUGCGGAAUAUCAUCCGCGAGCGCUGGAAGAGGAUCAGAUCCUCGCUUAUGAUGCUGGCGCGCAUGAUGAAGGACAUGGACGAUGAAGAACAUGUACCUGGCCUGGUGCUGGCGGCCGUUUGGCCGCUGCUCCAGGACACCGCCCGGGCCCGAGCUGCCGCGCUGCUGGAGCGACUGCAAACGCUGAACCAGGAGCUGGAUGAGCGACCAGACUCCCUGCCGGCCUUGCAGGCCUACGCGCGAGCCGUGGAGAUUGCGGACAAGGAGGAGCUCAGCUUGGAGGCUGGGGUGGAAGAGGUGCAGCAAGCGCAGCGCCUGCUACGCAAGCGUGUGCGGGUUCUGUCGGAGGACUCCGAGCUGCUGGAGAAGCUGCUUGGGCAGCUGCUCGAGUUCGCAAGCGCCACUUUGCCCGCGGCCAAGGGCUUCCUUACCCAGAAGAGGCGCGAGCAGACAUUCGCGACAAGCGAUGUCUUGGAGCUGCAAGACGGGGCCUCGACCGAGUGA